AUGGCUCUAAGGAUGACGACUAAGGUAGCUGAAUCUUCUAAAGAAUCUAGUCAAUCAAAGAAUUCUACAAAUUGCAUGGCAUCUUCCACAUCUACAAAUGUUAGCUGUGUUCCUACGGCUGCAAAUAGUCCAAUAUCAUACUCGAGUUCUCUGGAAUCUGUAGGUGAGGAAUUGAAGGAUAUUUAUGAGGUCCUGAAUGAAGUUCCCUAUGAUGGAAAGAUAUCAGAUCAUGAUCUUUAUCUUUUAGAUAAAGCUGAGCAUCCUCAACCUUUUGGUGUGUUAGGAUAUCAGAAAUUUGGUGAAGAUUUGACUCAUGAGUAUUUCGUUGUAAGAGCUUGGAUAAGGAAUGCGAAAUCUGUUUAUAUCCGUGCAAUUGGGCAUUCAUAUUCUACUAUUGAUACAAAUAAUAUACCUGUGAAGAUGGUGCGAAGGUAUUUAAAUGGAAAAAGCUUAUGGUUAUUUGAGAAAGCCUUUAGAAUUCUUAAGAAUAGGAUGUCUGUAGUUAGAAAUCAUUAUUGUGGUUAUGAGGAUGAUGUAGGGCUUCUAAAUAAGCAGCAGGGUUUAUUACAACAGAGUAUAAAUAUAACAUCUAGUAAUGAAAAAAGGCGUGAUUUAAUAGAUAAUAAUGAGUCUCAAUUUUUCAAAUGUAGAGUUGAAACAGAUGAAGAAAAUUCAUAUGGUGAAGCUUAUGAAAAGUCAGUUGAGAAUAUAUCACAUAAAAUUGAUGAAUGUAGUAUUUCUUCAUUAUAUAAUAAAAAGUAUACAAUAAAACCUGAGAACUCAACAGGAUUUGGCAUGAAUAAGUCUACUGAAUUAAUGAAUCUAAACAGUUCUAUAAAUUUGGGUGUAUCUAAAGUAGAUAUAUCUGAUUGUAAACCAAAUUCUUCAGAUUUAAAGUUGAACACUUCACAUUCAUGUAUUUCAGAAGUAAAGAAUACCUGUAAGGUAGAUUUAAAUUCAGAUACUAAAUUAGUCAAUAAAUUUGAAUAUCUUCCUUCUUCAUCUAGUAGACCUAGAUCUACUGUUAAUGUAUCCGAUUUAUCUUGCUCAACAGAUAAAGCCUGUAAUAGAUAUAUUCAUGAUAAUAUAAAUUCAUCAGAAUGUGUACGUAAGCUUUAUUAUGAAUAUAUAGUUGAGUAUGAAGGUGAUUCUAAGAAUAAGUUUGUUUUGAGGGAUGCUUAUUCAUUUGGUUUACUUUUAACAGAGGGAGAGAUAUCAUUAUUCCAGUCUGGAAGUUGUUGGCAUGUAGAUAAUAUCUUGGGGUCUCAUAUUAUGGAAUUUAAUGGAGUAUUAGGUACUAGAUUUACAGUAUGGGCACCUCAUGCUAAACAUGUAAGUGUUGUUGGUGAUUGGAAUGGAUGGGAUGGUAGAGCAAAUCCUAUGAGAUCAAGAUAUGAAUCUGGUAUUUGGGAGUUAUUUAUUCCUCAUUUGGGAGUUGGUGAAAAGUAUGGUUACCAAAUUCAUUCUAUAACAGAUAGUGUAUUUGUAAAAAUAGACCCAUAUGCCCAGGAGUUUGAAGUUCCUCCUAAGUAUGCUUCUAUAAUAAGCAGUUGCGAUGACUCUUACAAGGAUAAUCAAGACAAAUUUAAAUGGGAGGAUGAUAAGUGGAUGAGUAGAAGAUUACAAUUAGGGUUGAAUGAAGAGAUGAGACGUCAACCAAUGUCUAUUUAUGAAGUACAUUUACCAAGUUGGAUGCGUAAAGAGAAUGGGGAUUAUUUGGGAUAUCGGGAAAUUGCAGAGAGACUUGUAAAGCAUGUAGGUAAUCUAAAUUUUACUCAUGUUGAGUUUCUUCCUUUGGCUCAACAUCCUUUUGAAGGGAGCUGGGGAUAUCAAGUAACAGGCCAAUAUUCUCCAUAUAGUAGAUUAGGAAACCCAGAUGAUUUUAAAUAUCUGGUAAAUGAACUUCAUAAAGCUAAUAUAGGAGUCUUUAUUGAUUUUGUUCCUGCACACUUUUGCAAAGACUCUUGGGGUCUCGUAUAUUAUGAUGGAACACCAACUUAUGAAUAUGGUGAUCCAAGAGAAGGAGAGCAUAAGGGUUGGGGUACUGCAGUAUUUAACUUUAGAAGAAAUGAAGUAAGAUCUUUUUUGCUAGGUGCAGCAUAUCAUUGGUUAAGACGUUAUCAUAUUGAUGGACUAAGGAUAGAUGCUGUCAGUUCAAUGCUGUAUAGAAACUAUUUAAGGCCAAAUGGUGAAUGGAUUCCAAAUGAAUUUGGAGGGGAUGCAAACUUGGAAGCUGUAAGUUUACUUCAGGAAUUAAAUUGGGUAAUUCAUAAGGAAUUUCCAGGAGUAUUUACAAUGGCUGAGGAAAGUACAGCAUGGAAAGGAGUUACUCAAAAGGGUUCAGAUGGUUUGGGAUUUGAUGCUAAGUGGGAUCUUGGUUGGAUGAAUGAUACUCUGAGUUAUCUAUAUACUCCUCCAGAUAGAAAACAUACUAAACAUAACAAACUUACUUUUAGAGGGUUAUAUAUGGCUCACGAAAAUUGGGUACUACCAUUAAGCCAUGAUGAAGUUGUUAACGGCAAAGGGAGUUUGUUGGAUAAAUGUGGAUUUACAGGAGCUCCAUACAUGGAUAGAAUAAGAACAAUGAAAGCUCUAUUUGGUUAUCAAAUAGGUAUGCCAGGACGUCCUUUACUAUUUCAAGGAGCCGAAAUAGCCCAAGGGAGGGAGUGGAAGGAAAGUAGAUCUGUAGACUGGCAUGAAGGAGAGGAAGAUAUAAGAAAAAAAGUUUGCAUAUACUUGAGUGACCUACUAAAUACUUAUAAGACCUAUCCUAGUCUCCAUGCUGGGGAUGAUGAAUCAUGGAACUUUCAAUGGGUUGAUUGCGAAAAUUCUCAGGAUUGCAUUAUUGCAUUUUUGAGAAAAUACAAAGAGUGGAGUAAUGAUGUAGUAGUGAUUUGCAAUUUCAAUUCUAGAAGGUAUUAUAAUUAUCCUAUUGGAGUUCCACAUGGAAAUGAGUGGAUAGUCUUAAUCAACUCAGAUGAUUGGAAGUAUGGAGGUUCUAUGUUUGGACCUGGAAAUGAGUGUAAAAUUAAGGCUUCCCAUGGUGGUCGUAUUGGUUGGCCCUACUCUCUAUGGCUUGAUAUUCCAGAAUUCUCUUGUAUUUUGAUGAAGCCUUGGGUUGAGAAUGAAUAUAACAAGAAAUGUGAGUAA